AUGAGGGAACGAACGAUUCUGAUCAGAGCAUCGAUUCCUUCGCAAUCCCGUGUUAUUAUCAGAAGUGAAAAGAAGAAAGUACAGUCAACAGUACGUCAGGGGGCAGACGAGCAGACGGAUCACUUAAUGGUAAAUGAUUACCGUCGCCCAUGGACACCUGCAACAUCGGAGUGGCUACAAGCGCGCUGCCGGCCUUGGAGGGAAGGGUUGAGGGGUAGAGGGAAGGGAAUAGGGAAGGCUCGUGAGAAGCCUACCUAUGCUCCGUUUUCUGGGCCGUGGACGCCACCUGAGGUCUUUACUGCAGCAUCACUUAUCUAUUUUUCGAGCAAUGUGCCCUACCUAUUGCCACUUCAGGCUCACAAUUCUAUAUCGGCCACUUAUGUUCAUCUGCAAAUCUCAUUUCGGAAUAGACAUCGCAAAGAUUCCAAACAAAUGUCUCUACAUCGCCUUCGGAGUGACUUCGAAACAUUUGAUGAGAAUAGAAGUUUGGCACUUAUUAAGGAGAGUUUAAAAAUAGGCAUCAACUAUUUGGAAACAGGACCAUGGUAUGGUCAAGGUAGUUCAGAAAGAACCAUUGGUAAGGCAUUGCAAAACAUUCCACGGGAGACAUUUUUUAUUGGGAGCAAAGUAGGGCGAUAUGAAUUGAAAACUGAAAAAAUGUUCGAUUUCUCAGCAGAGAAAACUGAGGCGGCAGUUGACAAUACACUUAAUCUUCUUAAUUUGGAUUAUGUUGAUUUGAUACAGGUUCAUGAUGCAACAUUCGCUCCUGACAUAUCUGUAGUACUAAAAGAAACACUGCCAGCUUUGGAGAAGGCUGUGAAGGAGGGGAAGGCGCGAUACAUCGGCUUAGCGGAUUACGACAUAGACCUCAUGAAGGAGAUCAUUGAAGAAUCAGAUGUAAAAAUUUCCUCGAUCUUGUCGUACGCUAAGUCAACACUUUUCGAUAAUCGUCUACAGAACUACACCAAAUACUUUAAGCGCACACCGUGGCGGAAAGAGGAAAUGCUGCUGGACGAACUGUCACUUUUUACUAGAGGAAUUAUCGUAUACGUGCAUUUUGCACGCGUCACAAAACGAUCUGUGUAA